UCAACUCAGGCAGAAACCCGCACCUCGGCUCUCAGAGCUGCAGUUUUUCAGGAAACCUCGCUCCCCAAGAGAGGACGCCAUGAUCCUCCUAAAGCUCUCUUCCUUCCUGGCUUUCUUUGCCUUGGUUGUAUGCCAGAUGGACAGCCUCCAGGCUGCUCCAUUCAGGCCUGGGUUUGAAUCUGUCAUGCCAGACCAUGUGUCUCUCAGCGAUGAUGAAGCGAGGCACCUGCUGAAUGCUUUGGUGAAGGAGUUUGUGCAGAUGAAAGCCGAUGAGCUGGAUCAGGUGACUGAGGACAACAGCCUGGACAGACCUAGAGCUAAGCGGUGCAGUAAUCUGAGUACCUGUUUGCUGGGCAAGCUCUCACAGGAACUGCACAGGCUACACACUUACACGCGCACUGACGUCGGGGCGCGAACACCUGGCAAGAAACGAGACCUGCUGAGCGACCUGGAGAAUGAUCGUUACGCAAACUCUGAGGAUGUCCUGGGGAGCAACUAG